GUUAGGUUGAAUUUUAUUUUUAAGAGUCACACUUAAAAAAAACAAUAAUGUAAUUUUUAUUAUUUACUUAGAACGUAAAAAUCACGUAGCUGACGAGUGCUAGCAAUUUAGCUAUAUUUAUAAUUAAUUUCACAAAAGUAAGAAAUCCUUAUUCAAUAUAGAAGCAUUACACUUACUUAUUGUCAAAAAGCAUACUUAACGAAUUAAUAUACCUACUGUUAAAGGAAACUUUUGAAUAUAUUGUGCAAUUACAAGAGCUUAUAAUGAAACCAAGACCUUGUGGAUGUAAGGGCUGUAGAACGUGUCUUGUUUGUGAAACAUAUUACGGCGCAGAUGCUCUGAAGAACACAACCUCUCUUGAUAAAGAAAAGAGCUAUGUGUACUGUCCGCUAUGUGAUAAAGCCUGGAGUGGCUGGGAUAUAGACUUAUACAAGCAGCAUCCAAACCAUGAAGGUAAAUCGAUAGAUUAUCCUGGUGUUUAUAUAAAGCUGGACUUUAUAUCAAAAGCCGAAGAAGAUCAGCUUAUAAAAAAUAUCGAUGAAGUGCCCUGGGAUAUUUCGCAGAGUGGACGGCGUAAGCAAAAUUUUGGACCAAAGACUAAUUUUAAAAAGCAAAAAAUCGUAGCUGGUAAUUUUGAUGGAUUUCCUAAAUUUUCCAAAUAUUUACAAGAUAGAUUUCAUAGUAUUGAAUUAUUAAAAGGUUAUGAAGUUAUCGAGCAAUGUUCCUUAGAAUAUGACCCCAGCAAAGGUGCAUCUAUUGACCCUCAUAUAGAUGACUGUUGGAUAUGGGGAGAAAGAAUUGUCACAGUCAAUAUCUUAACUGAUUCUGUCCUCACUAUGACACCUUUUAAGGGAGAUAAAAAGAAAUACAAUCUGUUUUGUGCGGAAAAUUAUCCAGCAGUAGUUCAGACCGAUGGAAGUAUAAAUUUAGAAUUUAAUGACAAAGGACCCAGCAUGUUAGAAAUUAGUAAACCUCUAGAAGACAAUGACGUAAUAAUAAGAAUACCGAUGAUAAGGAGAUCACUUCUGAUAAUUUAUGGGGAAUCGAGAUAUCACUGGGAACAUGCCGUUUUAAGAGAAGACAUAAAAACAAGGAGAGUGUGCUUAGCUUACAGAGAGUUUACUCCACCGUACAUGAACAACGGAACCCAUGAUACUAUUGGCCAAGAAAUCAGAAAUAAAGCAAAAAGUUUUUGGGAUCACCAGGAAAGAUAUAAAAACAGCUUACAAGAUAUAGCUAUUAAUAAACUAAGUAUUUAAUAUAACACUUGCUCCGGUUGCAAUUUUAAUCAAUUUAUAAGUACAUUUAUAAUGUAUUUUAAUUUUAAAUAUAUAGUCAUUCAA